AUGUCCACUUCUCCAGUUUCUUUGAAAGUUAACGCCGCUCUGUUCGAUGUUGAUGGUACUAUCAUCAUCUCUCAACCAGCCAUUGCUGCUUUCUGGAGAGAUUUCGGUAAGGAUAAGCCAUACUUCGAUGCUGAACAUGUUAUCCACAUUUCUCAUGGUUGGAGAACUUACGAUGCCAUCGCCAAGUUUGCUCCAGACUAUGCUGAUGAAGAAUACGUUAACAAGCUAGAAGGUGAAAUUCCAGAGAAGUACGGUGAACAUUCCAUCGAGGUUCCAGGUGCCGUCAAGCUUUGUACAGAUUUGAACAAGUUGCCAAAGGAAAAAUGGGCUGUUGCCACAUCUGGUACUAGAGAUAUGGCUCAAAAAUGGUUCAAGAUCUUGAACAUUGAAAGACCAGAAUACUUCAUUACUGCUAAUGAUGUUAAGCAAGGUAAGCCAUUCCCAGAACCAUACCUAAAGGGUAGAGAAGGUCUAGGUUUCCCAAUCAACAAAGAAGAUCCAUCAAAGUCCAAGGUAGUUGUCUUCGAAGAUGCUCCUGCUGGUAUCGCCGCUGGUAAGGCCGCUGGCUGUAAGAUCAUCGGUAUUGCCACCACUUUUGAUGUUGACUUCUUGAAGGAGAAGGGUUGUGAUAUCAUUGUUAAGAACCACGAAUCUAUCAGAGUUGGUGGUUACAACCCAGAAACCGAUGAAGUCGAAUUCAUUUUCGAUGACUACCUAUACGCCAAGGAUGACUUAUUGGAAUGGUAA